ACCUAUCUGAUUCACGGGUUGAACCGGCUCAAACUAUCUCUUAAUCAAAGUACCUUAUAGGUACCUAGGUACCUAAACUGCGACGGCAUAUACUGUAUAUUAGGUAGUGCAUACGCUGCGUGUACCUCUAAUUUACAGGUAGGUUAAGUACUACCUUUUAAUGCAGAUUCAGAUCCGAAACCCUGAGUCGACUUCAUCCUGACCAAUACAAACCCAGAAUUCCAACCUACCUCUUAUCAUCAUACAUCCCGCCAUAUUAUCAUCGUCAUCUAACCUCUUCCAAUGCAUCUUGAUCAACCAAUCCAUCACGGCUCUCUGGAGCAUCUCUUGCCCCCAAGCUGGAAGUCUCAAAUUGCCGCAUGGUUGGCCGAAGACACGCCAUCUUAUGACUACGCCGGUUUCGUCGUUGGCGAGCAUCCCCGAACCGCUACUCUCUGGGCUAAAAGUCCCGGUAUUGUUGCUGGCAUCCCCUUCUUCACCGAGAUCUUCAAGCAGUGCGGCUGCGAGGUCGAAUGGCAUGCCAAGGAAGGAGGCUACAUUGACCGUCCCAAGGACGGCUCAGGUAAAACCAAAGUCGCCACCGUCACCGGCCCUGCGCGUGGCCUGCUACUGGGCGAACGAGUUGGGCUCAACCUUCUAGCGCGCUGUUCGGGAAUCGCUACCGUCAGCCGCGAUAUGUUGCUUAGCUUACGCAGCGCUGGGUAUGAAGGUAUUCUGGCCGGUACGCGCAAGACGACGCCGGGAUUCCGGCUUGUCGAGAAGUACGGCAUGUUGGUCGGCGGGGCGGAUACGCACCGAAUGGACUUGAGCUCUAUGAUUAUGUUAAAGGACAACCACGUCUGGAGCCGUGGCAGUAUCACUGAUGCCGUCCAGGCUGCCAAGAUGGUCGGCGGAUUCUCCCUCAAGGUGGAAGUCGAAGUUCAGAACGAGGAAGAGGCCAAUGAGGCUAUCGCCGCUGGCGCCGAUGUCAUCAUGUUGGAUAACUUCACAGGCGAUGGUGUCAAAGCCGCAGCUAGGAACCUGAGGGAGAAAUGGAAGGGAGAGCGUGAGUUCCUAAUAGAGGUUUCUGGAGGCUUGCGGGAGGACAACGUGUUUAACUAUGCUCAUCAAGGUGUCGAUAUCAUUUCCACGAGCGCCAUCCACCAAGGCACGCCACACGUGGAUUUUUCGCUAAAGAUUAACCAGGAUGAAAUUACCCCCAGCUCAUAGUCUUAGUUGGAGACUCCCACAUUUACCUCAGGUGCAGAGGGCAGGCAUUAAUCGCCGCGGAUAUAGGGCUAUGAUCACCAGCGCACGAGCUCGAGAUUGUUACACGGAGAGUCGGUGUUGGAAGCCGGGAAUUUAUGCACGUAGUUGUAUAUGGUUAAAACCUCGGCCACGUAUCCAAUGAAGCAAGCAUCGUACAUCUGAAAACUUUUCGCACUUCACCUUCCCGGCGUGCUUAUCGUUUGCAAUACGCCUUUUACUCCAAGACUCUGAUAGGCAACAGUUAUUUGCUUUCUGUCAUAAAAAUACCUAUUAUAAAUUAGGUACCUAGGUAGGUAGGUAAGUAAAGCUUGCGUUUCAACGAAAAUGACCAUCCUUUCUUCCGUUGGAUAUGGGCAAGCAUGGACCGCUGACCUUUGCAUAUGAAGUGUGAUAAGACGUUCGACCCUCACAUACGACCAUAAAAUCUAGAAAAUUCGGGAUCCCGUCCGCUCUCCCCUAGACAAACUGGAUAUUGCCGGACUAGUAGUUGGGUCGGUGACGACCAGCGAAUCCCUGGUGUUGUAUGUUUUUUUUUUU